UUUACAUCGAUGCAUUCAACAGCGGCUGCUGCAGAGCGUCUACACAUCAAUGUUUUGCUUUCAUUUCUUUAAAAACGAGCACGAUCAUCGGUGCGCACGGUAGUUCCGAGUCCGUUCGAGCAUAACGCUGCUGUGUGAUAAAGGGAGCGUGCGUCUGCUGCAGCUGUGAUCAGUUGUGUAUUAGAUUACUGGCGUCAUGGACGAGCUCGCGGUGGAAGUGCGAGGAGCGAGCGGAGCUUUCUACAAGGCUCUUGUUAAGGAUGUUCAUGAGAGUACAGUCACAGUGUCUUUUGAAAACAAUUGGCAGCCAGAACGACAGAUUCCUUUCCAUGAUGUCCGGUUUCCACCUCCAACCGGCUUUCAGAAAGAGAUAAACGAGAGUGAUGAAGUGGAGGUUUACUCAAGGGCCAAUGAUAAAGAGCCCUGUGGAUGGUGGCUAGCCAAAGUUCGCAUGGUGAAAGGAGAGUUUUAUGUGAUAGAAUACGCAGCCUGUGAUGCAACGCUAAAUGAAAUCGUCACAUUAGAGAGGCUACGACCUGUGAACCCCAACAAAGCCGCGUCAAAGAACACCUUUCUCAAAAUCAGACUAGAUGUUCCUGAAGACUUAAGACAGAUGUGUGCGAAAGACUCUGCCCAUAAAGACUUCAAAAAAGCGAUCGGAGCGUUUAACGUCACUUAUGACUCAGAAGAAAAGCAGUUGGUUGUUUUGUCUGUUAAUGAAGUUACAGCAAAGCGAAUAGCCAUGUUGAGUGACAUGCACUUCAGGAGUCUGCGCACAAAGCUGACGCUGAUACUGAGGAAUGAGGAAGCAACCCGACAGCUGGAGAGUUCUCGGCAACUUGCUUCAAGGUUCCAUGAGCAAUUUGUGGUGCGGGAUGACCUCAUGGGAUUGGCCAUAGGCACCCAUGGGGCGAAUAUCCAGCAGGCCAGAAAGAUUCCUGGGGUCACCACCAUAGAUCUCGAUGAAGAGACCUGCACGUUUCACAUCUAUGGAGAGGACCAGGAGGCUGUACGGAAGGCCAGAAGCUACCUGGAAUUUUCUGAAGAUGUUAUCAAAGUUCCUAAGAAUUUAGUCGGAAAAGUCAUUGGCAAGAGUGGGAAGCUGAUUCAAGAGGUUGUGGAUAAAUCGGGAGUUGUCAGAGUUCGAGUGGAACCGGAAAAUGACAAAAAGCCUGCUCCAUUAGAGGAGUUGCAGGGAAUGGUGCCGUUUGUGUUUGUGGGGACGAAGGAAAGCAUUUCAAAUGCACGUAUUCUGCUGGACUACCAUCUAAAUUAUCUGAAGGAGGUGGAUCAGCUGCGAAUGGAGAGACUGCAGAUCGAUGAACAGCUCAGACAGAUCGGUGGAGGGCCUAGAGCUCUGCCAGGACGACCCGAGAAAGAAAAACCUUUCAUGGCUGAUAAUGGAAUGGGACCCUCACGGGGUGGCGGCAAACCUUUUGGUCGUGGAGGGAGAGGGAGACGGGGCCCGACACUGACUUCAGGCACCAACUCUGAGGCCUCUAAUGCAUCCGAGACCGAAUCCGACCACAGAGAUGAACUCAGUGACUGGUCCCUGGCCCCUACAGAUGAGGAGUCCAUGGGUUACCCCAAAAGGGCCCCUGAUGGACGCAAAAGGGGUGGAGCGCCCCGGGGUCGUGGAGGGAGAGGAAGAGGAGGAUACAAAACUGAAGACAUGCACUGGAAUGAGUCCCGCUCCCGUAGUUCCAGAGACCCGAAGCUGAGACCCCAGGAAGACUCAUUGCAGAUCCGCAUCGACAGCAAUAACGAGAGGAGCGUCCACACCAGCCGAAGCUCUCUGGCUCUGGCAGGAGACAGCAGAGGAAACCGGCAGAGACCCAUAAAGGACCGAGUGAUGAAGAAAGACAAGCAGGACGGCCCGGACAGCCAAGCCGUUGUGAACGGCAUUUCUUAGAGAAUAACGUGCCCCCCUUCCCCCAUUCUCCCACUCAGCUCCACCAAUCCAGAUGCUUCUUCAUUAGAGACACAUUAGGCCAAAGAGAACCAGGUCAGUAGGGCUGUCGCAAGACAUGACAUAAAGCACACUUUGUAAUUGUUAGUUGGGGUAAAAGACGAGGUCUCUUGGUGUAUGGUGUGUUGGAUUUGGUAGUCUUCAUGGAUUAGAGAGACCGGUCUCUACAUCACAACUGAAGCUACAGGUUUUCUAAUUGACUUUCUAAACAACUACCUAAGAAACAUAAAGAAGCUGUGGAUUAAAUGUCUCUCAAAAAUGAAAUCCUGAAAUGUUUUCCAAGCAAUUGGUUUUUAAAGUUUUUUUUUGUUUUGUUUUCCACAAUGUCCAAACAAAAGGGAAAGAAACACAUUGGAGGAUGAACUCAAGCGCUCGGGGCCCAAGUUUAUGCCACAUCUCAUGGCAUACGUUGUUUUUACGCGCUUUGGUGUCCAUGGUUACUCGAGCCCAUUCUGAUGUGAGAUCUUAGCCACAUCAUUAGCAAAAAAACAAUGGCAAACAUG